AUGACAUCAAAACCGGAUCCACCAACACAGGCAAGCAUGGCUAAAGCUCUUAACGUGAGUCAGCAAGUUGUAAGCUAUCAACUAAAACUAAAGUUAAAGAAAAAAUGCCAUAAAAAACCUAAAUGUCAUCAUUUAAGUGAGAGAUCGGUGCAGAUUAGGAGGCAACGUUCAUGGUCCCUCUACAAGCUUCUCCGUAAGGACAGGUGGCGAAUGUUCAUUACAACUGAUGAAGCUUGGAUCUAUCUUUCUGAUACCAAUGCCAAAUCUAAAGUUCAAUAUCUUAGUCGCGGGCAGAACAGGUGA